UGUCGGGCUACCCACAUGUUCGGCGGGGCGGGGGUGGUUGCCAGCGCCACAAACCGGCCGGGCGGCUCUCGCGCUUCCACCGGCCACCUGUUCGCCGCGCCCUCCCCGCGCCGCCCGCGGCACCCUCGCCCCGCGGCCGCGGCGGCGCCCGAGGUGCGCGCGUCGGCUCGGCUCCCUCCCCUCAUUCGUUCGCGACGCGUCGUCUCGCCGGCCGGCUUCCGAUACCCGGGCUCAUUCGCACCGCGUCCGUUCCCCGUAUCGCUCAACGCACCCCACAAGUUCACAAUGACGGAAAGCACGGACACCCCGGCGGCCGCUGCGCCCGAAAAGACCCCGACCGAGAAUGGAACUACUGAGACUCCUCCGGAGGAGACCCCGGAGAAGAAGGAAGCCGAGAAAAAGGAGGAGGAGACCCCGCCGCCCAAGGAGAUGCGCGCCGUCGUCCUCACGGGCUUCGGAGGCCUGAAGACCGUCAAGAUCCUGAAGAAGCCCGAGCCCACAGUUGGCGAGGGCGAGGUCCUCAUUCGCGUCAAAGCCUGUGGCCUCAACUUCCAGGAUCUGAUCGUGCGACAGGGCGCCAUCGACUCACCGCCCAAGACCCCCUUCAUCCUCGGCUUUGAGUGCGCGGGAGAGAUCGAACAGGUCGGCGAGGGUGUCACCAAUUUCAAGGUCGGCGACCAAGUGGUGGCCCUCCCGGAGUACAAAGCCUGGGCAGAGCUGGUAUCAGUGCCCGCGCAGUAUGUGUACGCGCUGCCCGCCGGCAUGACGCCGCUGGACGCAGUCGCCGUCACCACCAACUACGUGGUGGCGUAUCUGUUGCUCUUCGAGAUGGCUAAUCUUGCGCCCGGCAAGAGCCUGCUCGUGCACUCCGCCGGCGGCGGUGUGGGGCAAGCAGUAGCCCAACUGGCGAAGACUGUGGACAACGUGACGGUGUUCGGCGUGUGCUCGAAGACCAAGCACGAGGCCCUAAAGGCCAACAACAACAACAUUGAUCAUCUACUCGAGCGCGGCUGCGACUACACCAGCGAAGUCAGGAAGAUCACCCCAGAUGGCGUGGACAUCGUUCUGGACUGCCUGUGUGGAGAAGAGUGCAACCGCGGAUACUCACUGCUCAAGCCCAUGGGCCGGUACAUCCUCUACGGAUCAUCCAACAUCGUGACCGGCGAGACGAAGAGUUUCUUCAGUGCUGCGCGUGCUUGGUGGCAAGUGGACAAGGUGUCCCCGAUCAAGCUGUUCGACGAGAACAAGAGCCUGGCGGGCCUGAACCUGCGGCACCUGCUGUUCCAGCACGGGCGCGCCGAGUACGUGCGCCGCGCCGUCGACGCCGUGUUCCAGCUGUGGCUCGACGGGAAGGUCAAGCCGCUGGUCGACUCCACCUGGGCGCUGGAGGAUGUCGGCGAGGCCAUGCAAAAGAUGCACGACCGCAAGAACAUCGGCAAGCUCGUGCUGGACCCGUCGCUGGAGCCGAAGCCCAAGCCCGCCACGCCGGCCAAGGAGAAGAAGUCCGGCAAGGACAAGAAGCCCGCCAAGGAGAGCUCCGAGGACAAGAAGGACAAGGACAAGGAGGACAAACCGGCCGAGAACGGAGACAAGAACGGUGAGAAAGAGGACGAGCCGCUCACUAACGGUAACGGCAACAGCGACGAAGAGUCCAAGGACAAGGAGAAGGAGUCGAGCUGAAUUGUCUCCCCCGAGCACAGGACCAGAUAAACCACCGCCAAUUGAUUAUUUUAUAGUUGAAGCUGUUCGUUCGACGCCGCGCCGCCGCGAGCGCGCGCCGUCCGUCUAUACUAUGUUGCCUGAUGUUUAUUAUGUUUCGUCUAUAUGAAUAAGCUUGCAUACGAGAUUGGUCGAUGCCUCAGACGGGAGCAUCAUAAUAGCGUUCGCUGCGACCCCGCGGAGGAUCGACUUAUGUCGUACACGUUCUUACUUAGUGUUAAUCCGUCUAUCAAUACAUUCUUACCUUUUAUUUUUAGUUCCCGAGUAAAUUAUUGUACGGUAACACGAUCGGUAUAGAUACUUCGUAUGCGACAGCGAAAUUUAAAAUAAUUAUAUAUUUUAAUCCUUACUCUCAGAUUAAUUUGGCCUAAGUUAGGAUCGUUUCAAUUUUUCUACGAUUUUUUUUAUAGUUUAACGUUUAAGACUUUAUUUUUAAGAUGAGAUAUUUUAAUCUGCAGUUAUUUUGAAUGGCUAUUAUACCUAUAUGUAAGGUGCAGAGAUGCUUAAUCUUUAUGUAUGUUAAGCUUUAAUAUUUUAUUAGUAAAUGUUUAAAAUGUGGCCCACGAGACCCUCCCGCCCGGGCUCCGCGCGCCGUCGUCUACUCUAUUGAACGAACCAAUGAAAACGUUACGUGUGAUAUUUUUGUAGUAUGCUAGAUAUUUUGCGGUGUCGUUGAGCUGCCUAAACAUGACAUUUUUUUUGAGCUCUGAAUGCAUUUAUUUUAUAUUUUUAUACUUGAAAUUUUGUAAAUCAUUUUCUAGUUAAGAAAAGAAUUGACAGAAUUUAUUUAGUAUUGCAUUCUCUUAAGGCGCGGGGUCCGGCCCGGCCCGGCCGGCCCGGCUGGCCCAGGCCGGCCUGGUCCGACCCGGUCCUACCGGGUCCGGCCCGGUCCGAUCCUGUACGACGCGGCCCGCCCGGCCCGGCCGAGCUCCCGCCUCCAGGGGAGAGCUUGUAAUAUUUGUAAUACCUAUCAAAAUUGUAUUUUUGUGGCCGUCUGCAGGGUCUCUGAUAACUCGGACGGGAUCAAAGCAGUCAUUUAAAAUGAAUAUGUCAUAUUUUUAUACACGUACUGUGACUAUCUCUUUCUAAGAAGCUUUUUAUGUAUCUUUACACACAAAUAUCACAUAUCUAAUCACAAAAUGCAUUCACACGAUAUAAAAUUAGGAUAAUAUUUUGAUACAGAUAUUCACUGCAUUUCUUUUUGGUAUAACCUAGUGUUAAUUUGUGUACCCUAAUUUUGUAAGGUUGUAAGUAAUGUUUUACCGCCAUAAUGUACAGUAUGGUUCUAAGUAUGUGUACCCAGUACUACACGUGUAUUCCACUAACAUAUCAUGCAUGGGUAGUCGGGAAGCGCCGGGCGCGGCAGUGCUCAAGUGACGCGCCGGCCGCUCUGCCUGCGAGAGACUCCUUUAGGAUUUUUAUAAACAUUUUACCCUUUUAUAACAUUUAGCGAGAGCGCGUUGGCGCGCCGUAGUUGAUGUAGAGAGAGGGUAGCCAACGGAACGUCCCAACAGAACCUGCCUGCCGGUUGUGAGCUGCGCGAGGCGCCGCUGGAUCCAGACUGACUCAUUAGCUUUUGUAGUUCGACUAUAGUCACGAAAGAUGCUUUGGUUAUCGUACGGUGGCUUGGUGCUAGUUUCGUCUUGCAUUGUACGCGGAUACUCGCUUUAGUGUCUCGGACCAAUAUCUAUUUUUAACCUAUUCGUCGCUUUGUGUGUCAAAUACCUGCGAUUUUCUUGUAAUGUAAACAUAUAUAUCAUUAUUAUUAAAUCUUGUGUAUAUCGACCUGUAUAAUGGUUUAGAUUUAUCCUUGGAUUUCCUCUGUAAGAAUAGCUAACCGAACCGAUCACUAGGGAGUGUUGCGGGCGUGGCGGCGGCGCAGAACGUGUCCAAAGUUGUUUUAGGUUAGGUUUGAUGCCAAUAUUUAUUGAGAGCAGAGUCGCGCCGCCGCGCCGGCACCGUCAGAGGCUGGAUCGUUAUUGUAUUACACAUUUAUUUUUAUAAGGGCGGGCCAGUGUGAUAUCUAUACUAUGAAAUGGAUAAAUAAAUAUGUAUGAUCUGUAAAAAUGCUUA